AUGUGGUAGGCGGGGGCUGUGGCGCAAGUGGCAAACUUUGGGAAUGAUGGUAGAGGCUGCACUGGAUCGCAACUGAGGGAACUAACCGUUGUUGGACGGCCUGGAAUAACAUUUCCAUUUUAUUUCCAGAAAACCACAGCAGCCAUAGUCUUUGGGUCCAACAGUGUCUGCGCGACAGCACGGCCUCAGAUCAUUUUAAGCCAUGUCAGAGGACCUGAGCUCCCAACCCUGGUCCAUCAACAAGGAUGAUUACGAGCUACAGGAGGUGAUUGGGAGCGGAGCAACGGCCGUGGUCCAAGCCGCCUACUGUAUGCCCAGGAAGGAGAAGGUGGCCAUUAAACGCAUCAACCUGGAAAAAUGUCAGACCAGCAUGGACGAACUCCUGAAAGAGAUCCAGGCCAUGAGCCAGUGCCACCACCCCAACAUCGUGUCCUACUACACCUCCUUCGUGGUGAAGGACGAGCUGUGGCUGGUGAUGAGACUCCUGAGUGGUGGCUCGAUGUUGGACGUGAUCAAGCACAUCAUCUCUCGGGGGGAGCAUAAAAACGGCGUGCUGGAUGAAGCCAGCAUCGCCACCAUGCUGAAGGAGGUGCUGCAGGGCCUGGAGUAUCUCCACAGAAACGGGCAGAUCCACCGGGACGUGAAGGCUGGAAACAUCCUGCUCGGGGAGGACGGCUCGGUCCAGAUCGCAGACUUCGGUGUUAGUGCCUUCCUAGCCACGGGUGGUGACAUCACCAGGAACAAAGUGCGGAAGACAUUCGUGGGGACUCCAUGUUGGAUGGCCCCGGAAGUGAUGGAACAGGUGAAGGGCUACGACUUCAAAGCCGACAUCUGGAGUUUUGGAAUCACAGCCAUAGAGCUGGCAACAGGAGCCGCCCCGUACCACAAGUACCCCCCUAUGAAGGUGCUGAUGUUGACCCUGCAGAAUGACCCCCCUGGGCUGGAGACUGGCAUCACAGAUAAGGAGAUGGUGAAAAAGUACGGCAAAUCUUUCAGGAAGAUGAUCUCCCUCUGUCUGCAGAAGGACCCGGAGAAAAGGCCAACCUCAUCAGAACUCUUAAAGCAUAAAUUCUUCACGAAAGCAAAGAACAGUGAAUAUUUACAAGAGAGACUACUACAGAGAACCCCAACAAUAUCAGAGAGAUCGAAAAAGGUGAGGCGAGUGCCUGGCUCGAGUGGCCGACUCCAUAAGACAGAGGAUGGGGAGUGGGAGUGGAGCGAUGAUGAACUGGAUGAGGAGAGCGAAGAGGGCAAAGCUGCUAUCGCCUGUCUGCGGUCACCCAGAGUAAAGGAUGGAUCUCAGAAUUCAGAGAUUUUCCAGACGACAGACCCCUUGAGCGGUAACCUUGCGGUCCCAGGCCAAGCAGAACUACCUCAGGCUGCCCCGGCGCAGGCCGGCCCAGCCAACGCCCAACCCGCUGCCCAGGCUCCGGACCCGGCCUCCGCAACCCUCUCGCAAGGCCUUCCUGCUUCUGCUGUGCCCGGCCAGGCCCCUGCUGCUCCUACAGAUCCCACCGUAGCAGCCAUCAGCUUGGUAUUAAGGUUGAGAAACUCAAAGAAGGAAUUGAACGACAUACGAUUUGAGUUUGUGCCUGGCAGAGACACGGCGGACGGAGUGUCUCAGGAGCUGGUGACGGCUGGACUGGUCGAUGGGAGAGACUUAGUCAUAGUUGCUGCUAACUUGCAGAAAAUUGUCGACGAGCCUCUUACCAAUAAAAAUGUCACUUUCAGGCUGGCUUCUGGCGUGGAGGUUUCCGAGAUCCCUGAUGAUGUCAAACUCAUGGGAUUCGCUCAGCUCAGCAUCAGCUAAACUUAAAGAAAAAACAAAGCGGGACCGUGACUUGCCUAAAAAAUGUGAAAAAAAGACAAAAAAAACAAACAAAAACAAAACAAACAAACUGUAGAAUGACAAAUUGAUGCAUUUUUUGUGGAUGGCCCUAAAGAAACCACUGCUGCCAAAGAGAAAAGACCCAUUUCGUCAGUCAGUCCCAUAGGACAUAACCAUAUCACUCUGCUUCAUCGAGUGGUGGAAGAAGUUGAUGGCGUAUAUCAGAACCCAUAACCCAUAGGAAUCACACAAAAGUUUACAGCGUAUGUGUAGAAGGAUGCAAUUCUCAACACCAACAAGAUAUAUUCUAUUACGAUAUUAUUGUCUUUUUUCUUUCUUAUUUUUCUUUCAUCCUUUCUUUCUUUCUGAAACGUGGUACAUUUUGCACAAUCUAAACUAAUGCCCUCAUGUCCUGGUAAAAAGAAAUGUAAUAAUGCCUUAUUCUUCAACAGAACUACUGAAUGCAUGUAUAGGGGUGAUGAACUGUGGAGCUUACGAUUUCUGGAUAUGAGCGAAUGUGGUUUCAAUUACUGAAAGUCAAACUUUUAACUCGUAGUGCCCUCUUCGUGUGCAUACCGGAGGGAGCCAACCACACAAAACCAACAGAGCAUCUUAUCAGUUUAUCAAACCUACAGUACAUAGAAAUGCCAAUCAAGUCGACACAACCACAGAAACGAACGAUCCCCUCAUCAACCAAUGCAAGGGACCUUCAUGCCUGCAGUUUAGCCAGUUUGGUCAGUAAAAGUCACAUGGGGAAGUCAUGUCAGUUCUGUUGGCUUGGCUGUGGUUACCCCCCACCCCCCCCCCACACACACACACACACACACUCACACUGACCCGAAUGCCAGCUGACCCUGAGACUGAUCUUGCUUUGAUCUGACGUAGACACAGCGGUCGCGGCUCGCCAGACGAGGGCCAGAUCUGAGCCUGAGUCUAGUCGGCUGUCUCGUGGGUUAUCACUGCUGUAGCUCACUCAACUGCUAUUCUAGCAUAAUACGGACAUGGUCCUAGCUCUUGCACUGCUUGAGCUAGGGCAACUUUUAGCUUAGUUGGACUUACAGUAGGCUAUGCUUUUUUGUUGUUGUUGUUUUUGUCUUAUUAUUUGCAAUAGUAGGGACCGAUUGUUAGCUAUGUCAUUAGUUUGUCUGAGGUUGAGGGAAGCAAUAACUUGACCAGGUGGUAAACUAAUGAAUCAAAAUUAGGUUUAGUGAUUUACGUAACAAAACAUCUCAACUGGGUGAUUAUCAACUACAGAUAGUAGCGUUCAGUGGGUGAUGAUUUACAGCAGUUAUAGCUUCAUGUCAAGUGUCAUAGCGUAGCCUGCACGUAGUUUAGAAAAAUGGACACACACACACACACACACACACACACACAUAUAUACACAGAUACACACGCGCCCAGAUCAGAUACUUUUUCAGAGACUUUCUCACAGACAAAACCUUUCCAUAGUCUUAACUAUACACACAGCUCGAUCUCUGUAAGUAGUCGUUGGGUUUCGUUCUUUUAGUGCUCUUGCAACGUCGUCAGUGGAUUUUCUUAGUUCUCACAGUGAUCUAUUUAAAAAGCGAUGUAAAUCAAAAGUUUUUCAGCUAAGUAACUGAAGCCACAAGUGUUGUGUAUGAUGAAAACAAUUGUGUGUGUUUGUAUGUUGGUAUCAGCUGUGUCUUCUUUUGGAAUCUUUUUUUUUUCUUUUUUCUUUCAAAUGCGUUAAGAAGUAAAAAAAAAAAAAAAGAAUUGAGUGCAUUUGCUCAACUGGGUGAAGCAGUUCUUGAUUUAACCUCUCUAGUAUGUACAUAAUGAGACUUCCGUUUUGAUUUGUUUUUAUACUGCGUGUUUCACUCUCGGCCUUUGUGUCCUUUGGAGAGGAAGAGGAUGAUGAUGAUGGUGUUUGAAGGAGACUGCUUUAAAGGACACCAUGCAAGUUUGAGCUUUGUUUUCUUUUCUUUUCUUCGAUUUCUUCUGCCUUUGAUAAGAUUUGUCAUCAUAAGCAGGUCUAAUCUAAAUGAAAAUGAUCAGCAUUUAGGAGUCUGUCUGCCUUUUUCAGCCAAUAACAGCAUUUUCAGUUGUAGAACUUGCUGGAUUGAAGAAGGGCUUCUCUCUCUUAACGUACUGAGUCAAGCAACAUGUAUGUGUGUGGGGGGUCUCCGUUAAAAUGUCUCAUAUUAUGCACAGGACAUUUUGUUCUCCUCACCCCACCCUCUAGGAGUGGGGGGGGGGGGUUCUUAGCUCAUGAGUUACACAGGUUCCCCAGAGGUGCCUGUCACAACACACACACCCCAAAAGAUCCUCAGAUGCACACUGAGUACUGGCUAUGGCUCUGUACUGUGUUUCCUCCCUGUUUCUUUACCUUAAUCCAGAUCUUGGAUAGAGAUUGAAAGUAACCUGUUGAUCAGAUAGGACAAUUAAGUGCAAGUUAUCUAUGCGAGGUGUAGUCUCAUUUGUGAGCAAGCAGAAGAGAGGUUCCUGUUCCUUGUGUCACAGGACAGUUCAGUGAUGCCAAUUUGGAAAUCAAAUUUGUGAAUUAAGUACCCUCCGUCAACAUCAUCAGCUUUCAAAAUAGCGUUCUCUUUAGAGAACGUGCUGUCCUUGACAUAUUGACUUGGGAAAGAGCAGUUCAACAGAGGCUAACAUACUUGGGCUUUUGUUUUGUUUUUACCUUGGAGACCAAUUUGACCAAACUCCAAAUUUAGGACCGCAAUACAAAGUAUGUAAACAUUCAGUGCCAUUGAUUUUUUUUCUGCAUUGCCACAGAUUGACAAAAAGUGCAUUGAACCUUGCAUUCAACAAUUAUGUUUUUUUUUAUGUUUGUUUUGCUGUAUCUUCACAUAUCUGUCAGCUUGUCACUCGUGCUGAAGUGUAUCUUAAGUGCAUAAACAGUACCCUCUGUGCUGUAGGAUUGGGGACAGACGCCCUUCACACAUUGAUUUGUUGUAGGCAAUAACUCAGAACUGUAAAAUAUUUAAAUUUCAUUUAUUUUUAUUUUCACUUUUGACUCAUUCUUAAAUCUGCUCCUUUUUGUUGGUUUUGGACUUCCAAGCAUGUUUCUGAUUAUUUUUAAUCAAUAAAGAAUGAACAUAUCAGGUGUUCCCUGAGUACCUUG